UGAGAAUAUGGGCUUGACGCUGGGGAACUUGUUGGGGCAAGCAGGCGCUCUGAGGGUGAGAGUGCAAACUACAGCCACUGCCGUGGCCAGGUUAAGCACAGCAACUACUGGUACUAAGCAACCUACAAUUGUACUAUGGGCCGUAACAUGCACUGGCUAUUUCAAACUGAAAGGGAGGUGACAAUCACUUGUGAGUAUC